UCAAAUGUUCCCUCCCCCCCUCUCUAUCUCGCAACCAAAACAACUGGCGAGAUUCGGAAAAGCCGAAUGUAUCCAAUCAAAUGGAAUCAAAAUCAUAAGUUUAAAGUUCGUGAAAGGUUAUAAAAUUUUAGGAUUAAUAAAAUAACUGAUUAAACUUGAAAGUUGAAAAAACCUGAAAAGUUGGAAACUACGAAUAUUUUUGUUUUUAUCGAAGUGAUAAUUUGGAUAAUUUUUAGUAAAAAGGAUAAAACCUGAUGUCAUUUAAGGAAGUUGUUUUAUUAUGACGUCAAUUUAAAUUUCAUUUCAUAUAAUUAUAGGAUAAAAAUUGUUUUAAGGAAAAUACCAGUGUUUCUUGCAAGAUUCAUGUAUUUGGUAGUUAAUAUUUAUCUUUAAAAAUAUAUUUAAAAUUCUUCUUUUAAAAAAAUUUUUAUUCAUGUAUCGGCGUCAUUUAAGAAUGGUUCAAGAUUUGGAAUCAAAUAAUGAACCUAAGAGUGAAUUUAUUCAUCGGGUAUCAACAAGUAUUCCUGUUGUAUACCUUGCCUGGAAUAUUGCUGCCGAAACUUACAAUAGUGUUAAAUUAUCAAACAAUAUUUUGAAGGUUUCUUUGAACACAACAGAAAAAGUUGCUAACUUUAUCACUAGACCUGUUUUCAAUCGAUUUCAAAAACAGCUGAAAUCAGCUGAUGUAAUUGCUUGCUGGAGCUUUCAGACAUUACAGGAAUUUGUACCUUACAUUAUUUAUCAGCAGCAAAGGAUUUAUAAGCAAACUAAAGAUCUAUAUGAAGAUACAGUGGAGAGUGGCUUAAGGAAGUAUGAUAUCAUAAAAAAGGUUGGCACAAAUAAGUUGCUACAUGAAAGUUCAGAGAAACUUGCUGAAUUCCGUGCAUCACCGUAUGGAGAAGUCUGUGAAUUAGCUUUAGAUUUUACGUUAGAGGCUGGGGAAAUGUAUGUUGACUAUUAUUUGCCUCCUCUGGGUGAUGAAAGACCUGAAAAACUUUUUGGUGAUCGAGGCAAAGAACCUGUUUGGAAAAGAACAGAGCUGUUAAAGAAUAGGAUGAAGGAAAGACUGUACAAGCAUUCAUUAUUAAAAAUGCAAAUGAUGAGGUUAAAAAUUAAAAGUUUUAUAGUCCAAGUUUAUCAUACAAAUUUAGAUAUCACACCAAACGGCAACUCCUUCCUUGAAUGAUGCGUUAUUACCUUCAUAUAUUUUAGAUGAACGUUCUCUGAUCUUUUUUAUUUAUUACCCAAUGUGUGUUAACAAAAUUCUCAUGCUAUUCAUUAUUAUAACAGUAAUGAAUAUAUCUCUCGCUGUGUUUUUUGUUGUUUUAACAUCAGUAGAAACUUAUUUGUGAAAUAUCCUGAAGUAAAUAUUUUCUUUAUAUAUGCAUAAAUAUAUUGAACUAUUUGGAAAACUUAAAAUUAAACACUUUUCUUUAAAAAGAAAAGGAAUUUAUUGAUAAUAAUGCUGUUUCGAGCUUAGAAUCUAAAAGAGUGGAUAAAAUGUUUUUGAAAGUCUCAAAUAAUUAAAUAAAUUUGUUUUUAAUCCAUCAUAUUCAUUUUUUCACCAAUAAAAAAAAUGUCAUUUUUUUUUCUUCUUAAAAUAUUAUAUUUUUGUGCAAUAUCUUAAUUUUAAGUAAUGUUUUUUACAAAUAAAAUACACAGUAUUUUCAUCAAAGUUCAUCAUCAUUUUUAAUAAUCAAUAUAAUUUAUUACUUCUUUCUGAUUGCAAAUAAGAUGAUAAAAGCCACCAAUAAAGUGGUGUUGUCACUGUAGUCAGUAUCAAUUAUUUUAUUAAAUAUUUUUCACAUUUUGUUCAGGAUUUCAAUUAUUUUUUUCCCUUUCUUCUAGUAGCAACUAUUUGUUAAAUAAAUUUCAUUACUUUAAGUUAAGUUGUCCCACAAUUAUUGUCACACAGAAUUAUUUUCCACAGAAAUUUAUAUAUACAAUUAUAAAUUUCCCUCAAAAAUACUGCAAAUUCUUUUCACUGUGAUGUCCUUUUUCUGAGACUUAGUUUUAUUAUUAUAUUUUAUCUGUAAUUAAUGUGCUGUAAGUUUUAUCUUUGCUCGGGUAUUUUUAAAAUACUUGGAAAAGAAAUCUUUUUUUCUGUGACUAAUUGAAUGUUUCAUAUGUGUUAUGAAAUCUAUGUAUUUUUCUGUGCAAAAAUACAUUUGAAUUUUAUUGCGCUAAUGAUUGUGUAUGAAUUUUUAUUUACACUUAUUUUAUUAAAAUUACAUUAUACAAAUAUAUCAUAUAAUGAUAAUUUACAGUAAUUUUGAAGAACUGACACUAAUAGUUUAUUUUAUGCACAUUGUAAAAUUAUGAAAAAUAUAUGUAUAUUAUAAGUCUGUAUUUUUAUCUAUACUGAUGUAUUUAUACUAUUAAAUUUUUAUCUAUUGUUUUA